UUCCUUUUGCAAACACAUUUUUUUGGGUGGAGGAACAACGCAAAGUCAUCAGGACAAAAUGUCAGAUCGGAAAACUUGGUUUUAAAAAGCAGGUUUUUGAUGCAUUCAGUCCUGCGAGAUGCAGCGCUCCAGCCACUUCUACAGAAGUCUUUGGGCUCUGUGAUGCUAGGUGUGCAACCCACUACGAACUAAGCCGAAAACAAGUACUGCAAGUACUGGUUAAUCACCAGAUCAAACAGCACCUUGCUCAAGAUGCUAUGAGGUUUCAGUCCUGUUUACCUCACAGCUGGGAAGCGUUCUAACAAAACUGUCUACCAAUGCGGCAACACCUUGCCCAUGACAAUUUCUGUUCUUAAGGAAUAGUGUGACAAUUCUGUUCUUGACGUUAAAUCAGUAACACACCCAGCUUACAGAAGAACUGGCUUCCAUCUGCUUGAACAGCCUGAAGCCACAUGCUCCAGGAAGUUAUUCUACGUCUUUCUGUUUCGCUUUCCUUUUCUGAUGAGCCAAGCCAGCAUUCGUUUCCCAUCAUGAAGCUUCUGAAUGUUGCUGGAUUCCUUACUCUCGUGCCCACUUUGAUCCUAGCUCUAGACCCCCUCAGCACCUCCAUCCUCAUGGGAGGGGCUGCUGUUGCUUGGCAGCUCCUCUCCCCUCACUCCUGGCUCAAGUGCAGUCUCCUGGAGUGCUGCAAUAUGAAGGACACACUAAACUUCUCAGUUCUGAGGAUGGAUUUGGAGCAAAAAGUCUUUGGCCAGCAUCUUGCUGUCCAAACAGUUCUGAGAGCUCUGGGAGCAAAUGUUUAUUCCAAACGGCCAAAGAAGCCUCUGGUGAUGUCCUUCCAUGGCUGGACAGGAACAGGCAAAUCAUUUGUCAGCAGAAUCAUCGCAGAGAACCUCUAUCAGCUUAACAUACCAAGAAGGAGGUUUGUGCACCACUUCAGCACAGUACUGCAUUUCCCACAUGCUUCACAUGUCCGUCUGUAUAAGGAGCAGCUGCAGAACUGGAUCCAGGGGAAUGUCAGUGCCUGUCCAAGGUCCCUUUUUAUCUUCUCUGAAAUGGAUCAGAUGCCACAUGGCCUGAUAGACUCUAUCCUGCCAUUCCUUGGCUACCAUGAAGAGAUUGAUGGUGUUUAUUACGGCAAGGCAAUCUUCCUCUUCCUGAACAAUGCCGGAGGAGAUAAAAUUACAGAGAUUGCUCUUGAUUACUGGAGAAGGCAGAAGAGAAGAGAAGACAUUCCUCUAAAAGAGCUGCAGUCUCUGAUGGCUGAGGAAAUUUUCAGCAAUACGAACAGUGGUUUUUUCCGCAGUCAACUGAUCCAGAAGAACCUGAUUGACUAUUUUAUCCCUUUCCUUCCUCUUGAAUACAAGCACGUGAGAGAGUGUGUCCGGGAGGAGCUGCGCUUGCAAGGCCACAUUGAGGACGAAGACCUCAUGACAGAGAUUGCCUUGGCAAUGACCGACUACCCCAGUGAAGAAAGACUCUACUCUAGCAAAGGCUGCAAGACUGUGGCCUCCAGAGUGACUCUGAGCAUCUAGAUGUUACAAAGCCAAACGCCCUGCGUUCUUGCUACAAGAAUACAGCAGAUGGAAGAAACAAUAACUCCCUUUCUCCUCCUUGCAGCCCAAUCUACACAUUCUUCCCUGAAGAUAUUUGGGCUUUUGCAUACCAGAAGUAGUCUUAUUCAAGAUCCCUUGAAUAAAUACAUAGGACAAAGCAACGAUCCUAGUAUAGAGUAAGCAGAAGAGGCACAUACAUGGGUGAUGAGGUUUGCUCUUCUUGCCCCAGAAACACUCACAAACAAAAGUAUUUCCAAGAGGACAACCUCCUAUUUCUGUUGCAAGACUGUUUGCACCUGAAGUCCUAGCA